CAAGUGUUAAGGAAAUACAAAAAUCCAAGCUUUAAGCUGCAGAGUCCCCUUAAUGUUCAGUUCCUGAGCUCCAAUGCAUUAGAAUUAGGAGUUGAUGCUGGUGGCCCAACAACAGCCUACUUCUUCUAUCUAAUGCAGGAUUUAAUGAGAGGUAGUUUCAAUGGCAUGAAGGUGACUCGACCCAGUUUUUUUGGGGGGGUACCAUCCCACUUUGAAGCUCUCUGGUAUCCCCACCUUUACUUUUAUCGUAAGUCUAACACAUCGAAUGGAUAACAUAUAGAUCAAUGUACAAUAUAACACAAAAUUUUUGGCGAUCGGAGUAAAUGUCACGUGCUUAUAAUGCCACGCCCCUUUGAGGUCUGAGUCGAAAAUCUGCUGUUACACAUAGUGCGCAUUAGUGCCUUCCGCUGAACAGAGUUUCACCAAAAUUGCAAAGACCCAAUUCGAGAAAUUCAGCGGUUUCCAAAUUUAGGUCAACAUUUAUGCGAAAAUGAUAAGCAAACUUUACACGAUUAUAUCUAAUAAACUAUGAGAUUCAUCCCUUUAUUUUGGGCAUGGUUAUAACAGAUGGGUCCUUGCAAGUCAGCAAAACGCUUUAGGGCCUUGUAAAUGCGCGUGAUUUCGAGCAAAGAAAACAUAUAGAAAUUAUAGUUUUUGCUAUUUGUUGACGUUUGUCAGAGUUUAAGAGUCCUUCUCACAAAAAAAGCAUUUUCUUAAAAAUUCGUAGUUUUUUUUCCUUCAAGUUUUUUCAGGGCCACAAUUGAUUAACUAACUACCCGGACUCUGAAUUUCAUGGUCAUUGAAAAACUGUGACAUUAUCUUCUUGGUGAGCAUUCCGAAGUCAGCCAAGCGCAGUCAUUGCACGAGUGCUGAACAAGAAUGCUGUAUAAUGACAGACUAGAAACAAUAGACAACUCCCAAAGCACAAACUCAGCCAAAACGCUAAAAAUCUUCAAUGUUUACUCAAGUUUGGGCUUAUAGAAGGUUUGUUACUCAAGGUGAUUUUUUCAUGCCUUAUUACUAUUUUACUCUUAAGCUUGUGCACUGUAGUGACCAGGAGCUGGGCAAAUUCCCUUUGGAUGGCGACUUCAACAUCACAGACAUCCUUGUUUCAGCUGGGUUUCCUCAUAUUGAAGCAACCCCCUCAAACCGGUUAUUGGCCUAUGAAUGUGUGUUAACAUAUGAGGUUAUCACUAGGCGUAUUACUGUACUGGAUGAUCUCAGGAAGAGGUUGGAUUCAGUACGUGUGAUGGGCACAGGUGUGAUUGACCUUCUCCAGCGACACUCUCAAGUGCAACAGCUGGUCUUUCCAGUUGCCAAAAGCACUACCGAAGUAUCAGAACUAAGAUUACUACUCAAGUAUGACCCAACAGAUGAGAGCACGUCAAAAGUUGCAGAGUUCUUUGAGAAAUUGGAUGAGCUCAGUACUAGAGGUACCAUAAUUGUCCUUGAGGUCUUCCUUCAACAUUAAAAAAAUAUUAAAAAAUGUGGUCUCUCUGUACACUUAAGUUAAUUAAGGUGCCUAAAUCAAUUAUUCAAAGUGAUGUUUGUCUAGAAUCAGCAUUGAGAACAUUUCACGGAAGAAGAUGCCUGCAAAGUAUUCAGUAACUCCCACCUUAAACAAAGCGCCCUCACCUGGAAGAUAACAUUGGGGUGUUUGAUUUUAGGAGGGAUGGAUAGGGUAGAAAAAUGAAACGAUUACCGGUAAUUCAUUCAAGAAUGAACAAGGGAAAUUCUUGGGAGGAAAGUACUAGUAUAUUUUACAUUUAGAUAAGCAUGACAAGAAAUGUUUUUGUUUUUACGUUGGUAUUUCUGGUGAAGAAGAAACACUUGAAGGGCUGUUGCAAUUUUGGACUGGUUGGCCCUCUCUUCCA